AUGAUCACAGCCAUGGGGAACCGUGACGAUGAGCUCUUCAAGGAGCUGCAAAGCACCUACUGUCCGCCAAUUGAUCCCGCGUUGUUUGUUGCGAUCGUAUCAGACUUUGACCUAGCGAUUCCCAGUCAGGUUGAACAGUUGCGUGAAACCCUGGACGUGUUGAACGCAUCUGCUGUUGAGCAAGAAAACCUGCCAUUUGACCCCACAGGCACAACUAAUCUUCGAAAUUCUGAGGCCUCAGGCUCUCUGAUCGGCGAAUCGUGCGACGACGUACCCUCAGAUUUUACAAGCUGGCCAUCACUUGACACUGUUGAACAGGAUGAUGAAGACUCCAAUAAUCCCAAUCCUGAUGCACAAAGGCUCAAAGACUCUAAGCUUGCAUACACCUUCCUGGGUAUGACCACUGCUGACAAGGCACAAAACUUGAUUAGCAUGUUCCCGACUAUCACUCGCCUGGAAGCUGAGCGCAUCCUUGAAGACUGCCAUGACAGCCUCAGUCGCUCAAUGGAUGUCUUGCUCAAUCUUGCUUUCAUUGAAGAGACACAACUUGCUAGAGAAACUCCUCAAGAAACCCCAAACGAGGUUGCUAAGGACAAUCAAUCCUCCAUUCCCAAGUCAAUUGAUGGCUUCCAGGCCCAGGAGGACGAGAACGCCGGUGGCAAGAAAUCCCGCAAGAAGAAAAAGCAGCAGAAGCAACGUCGAGCUGAGCUGGCCUCCCAGGCCAUGAAUACUCCCUCUACCAAUAAAUGGGAGGCAGGAAAGAAGGACAUCGAGUUUCUUUCCUCGCGGGCCUGCGCUUUGCAGAAGGAGAAGAUUGCCUCAACUUAUCAUGAAAACUCAAUGUCACUCUGUGCAACGAUCAGAGCCUUGGCGCAGGCCUAUGGGCCUAAGGACAUACAUGAAAUCGAGGAUGAUCCUGUACUCGUUACACAAGCGGGGGAGCUCAGUCACAAGUACCCCAGCAUCCAACCUACCACUCUGAUUGGUUUGAUUCGAAUUACAGACAAUGAGGUCUCAGCCACGGAUGAACUAGCUGAUACCUUAGCCCGUCGGCCUGAUCUCACUUCUGUCUCAAAUAUCAUCAGUUUUGUUUCAGCCCCGGUCAAUCUCGACGAUGAAGAGGAGAAUCUGGCUCCAGCUCAGCAAGCGGAAACUGCCUCAGAUUUCAUGGAUUUCAACGAAGCCGCCGCCGCCGCCAACUCUCACUUCGCAGCCCGCUCAACUGCCCUCGCUCAGGCAUCCCAGUCAGCCCGCCGCGCACGCUCCAACCCCCUCUACGGUGGCGCCUCUGCGUAUUACCGGGACGUUGGAAACGAACAACGCCAGCUUGCCAUGCGUCAUUUGGCAACAGCUUCUGACCGGUUGGUGGCCCGCCAAUCAUCGCAUUCUGACUUGGAUCUGCAUGGCGUGACAGUCGCCAACGCGGUCAGAAUCGCACGGGAGAGCGUCCAGGCGUGGUGGGACGGACUGGGGGAUCAGAAGUACGUCCGUGGUGGGGGACAGAGCUCCCACGGCGGGUUCAACAUUGUGUGCGGUGUUGGUAAUCACUCUCUUGACCGUAAGUCACAUAUUGGACCCGCGGUUUGGAAAAUGCUACAGAAGGAGGGGUGGCGGGUGGAGCUCAACCGAGGCUCCAUGUUGGUGACUGGUGUGAACCGCCGUUAA